UUGCCAGGCGCUGUAGGGUCACUGCGUGGGAAGUGCUGAAAUUUCAUAGCGUCACAGCUUUCGACACCAUCGCGGCGGCUCGGCUCCAGACUGAGCUUUCGGAUUGUUCCGUGCACCACCGAGAGUCCGCUCGGGGGAUCGAGAGGAGUCCACUGUGAGGGCAUUGAAAAGCUGAAGGAAAAAGCGCGGCUCGCUACGUGUAAAGCCUCUCAGGGCGCUCAUCGCUUCCCCGUACCCGUGUUUAUUCAUCUACAAGAUCUGUCAUCUACUACUUUAGCGGCUAACACACAGCUAGCUUAGCGCUCAUCCAACCGAGCAAGCUAGUAGUGUGGGCCAUUAGCAGGCACUUUUGGCUCACGUCGCCCGGGGUGGGGGGAGUAUAUCAGUCGCCCUGAUUUCACGCCAAAGUCAACUAAAUGAUUAUGGAGAGGAAGAGGAUCGACUGCCCGGCUCUGCCACCGGGCUGGAAGAAAGAAGAGGUGAUCCGGAAGUCGGGGCUCAGCGCUGGCAAGAGUGAUGUUUAUUACUACAGUCCAUCAGGGAAGAAGUUCCGAAGCAAACCUCAGCUAUCCCGGUAUCUCGGCAAUACGGUGGACCUGGGAUGCUUCGACUUCCGCACGGGAAAGAUGAUGCCCAGCAAAAUCCAGAAAAACAAACAGAGGCUUCGGAGCGAACAUCUCAGUCUGUCCAAGGGAAAACCAGACCUGAACACAGCACUGCCCAUCCGACAGACGGCCUCCAUCUUCAAACAGCCGGUCACCAAAGUGGUCAAUCAUCCCAACAACAAAGUCAAGACAGAUCUCCAGCGAGCAACCGAGCAGCCUCGGCAGCUGUUCUGGGAGAGGAGGUUGAAAGGUUUGAGGUCGUCGGACGUCACGGAAGAAGUUCUCAGGACGAUGGAACUUCCUAAAGGUUUACAAAGUGUAGGUCCGGAUUCGUCAGACGAGACGUUGCUGUCGGCCAUAGCCAGCGCUCUACACAUGAGUUCGGGCCCCAUCACGGGUCAGACGUCGACCGCGGCAGAAAAAAACCCCGCUAUCUGGCUCAACACCUCCCAGCCACUCUGCAAAUCCUUCAUCGUCACUGACGAAGACAUCAGGGAGCAGGAGCUGAAGGUGUACCAGGCCAGGAGGAGUCUGGAGGAGGCUCUGAUGGCUGACGGUUUGGCGCGGGCCGCCGAAUCUGCCAGAGACGUGGAGGGCAGAGCGGCGUAGAGACUCCAGCAGAACACACUGAAUUCAGGUAGGCCACACCCCCCUUGACGACCCCUUCCUUCUGAGAUGAUGUCAUCAGUCUGCGCCUGGAUCCGUCCCGCAGACCCAAGCACACUUUACACAAUCAUGGACAAACAGCUUUCAAACCAAGACCGUUCCUUUUUCCUUUCCGUUUUCCUUUUCAUUUCCUUUUUUUUUUUUUUUUUUUUUUUUUUUUUAAAUCUAGAGCAUAUAUUUUUGUGUACAUAUCUAUAUGAAUCAGAAUUAUUUUGUGUGAAAAAACAAACAAACAAACUUUUUUCUACAGGAAAUCAGUGAGCAAUACUUCUGAAAAACUGAGUCAGGUUGCAAUCUGCUGGAUUUGUAUUGCUAACUCUUUUUUUUUUUUUUUUUUUUUUCCCCCAGUCUCCGACACUUGUAAGGGAUUCGUUCUUUUUUCAGGGUUUGUAACGAAUAAUGCAUUUACAUACUUAUUAAUGAGAACUUUGCUUAUUUAAGAGAAAUAAUUUUAUACCUUGGAAUAAAAAAAAAAUACUUGUACAUUUUGUGCAUCAUAAUAGAAUAAAUAAAUAAUAAUGUUCACA